CAACUAUAUUCGUCUGAACAGCAAAUGUUUUUGUUCAGGUUUGCUUUAUCAAUAAUAAAGUUCGAUCAAGUGCUUUGCGAGACGUUUUAAAUAGUGUUUAUGCUAUAAAAUGGCAACUGAUCCAGUAAAUGUUGCAUUAGAAAUGAAAAAUUUAAGUGAAGAGAUUCGCAGCCUCCAUCUACAGUUGGCGGAUAAAACUCGACAACUUCAGGAUUUGCAAGCUGCUCAACUUGCAAAGGUAGCUGAUAAUACAACCAACAAAGAACCGGCUGAUAGUAUUUCUACACCUCGUGUUAACGAUUUAACAAAUGAUGAAAUAGAACGUUACAGCCGUCAACUGAUACUUCCUGGGUUUGGAGUUAAUGCACAAACAAAACUUAGAAACUCCUCCUUCCUUAUUGUAGGCAUGGGUGGGCUAGGUUGUCCGGCAUCGCAAUACCUCGUUGCUGCGGGAAGUGGUCGCCUGGGUUUGGUUGACUACGAUACUGUUGAUCGGAGUAAUCUACAUCGGCAAACAUUGCACACCGAGCGCACUAUUGGUUUGCCGAAAGUGGAAUCAGCGAAACGUGCUUUGGAACAAAUUAAUCCUAACUGUGAAAUUGAAUUGCACAAAGUAAUGUUGAACAGUAAUAUCGCACUCGACAUUAUUAAGCAGUAUGAUGUGAUUUUAGAUUGCACAGAUAAUGUUGUGACACGCUACUUGCUCAACGAUGCAUGUGUACUUCUAAAUAAGCCGCUGGUGUCAGGCAGUGCUUUGCAAUUCGAUGGACAACUAACUGUUUACCACUACGGUGAUACAUGCCCAUGUUAUAGAUGCCUCUUCCCUGUACCACCACCUCCACAUGCUGUAACAAACUGCGGAGACGGUGGUGUAAUGGGCGCCAUCACUGGAAUUAUUGGUUCGAUGCAGGCAUUGGAAGCAAUUAAAGUGGCCACAGGUGUGGGUGAAACACUUGCCGGUAGACUACUGAUCUUCGAUGGUAUGAAUGGCGUCUUUAGAAAUAUAAAGUUACGUCGUAGAAGUAGCGAUUGCAAAGUAUGCUCAGAGAAUCCGAUGAUUACCCAACUAAUCGACUAUGAACAUUUCUGCAGCAUGCACGCUUCUGACGACAAUCAAACGAUACAACUGAUUCCAUCAGAGGAACGUAUAGACGUGCUUCAAUAUAUCGAUUUGCGAUCGCAACCUCAUCUUCUAAUUGAUGUCAGACCACAAAACGAGUUCGAGAUUUGCCGCCUUCCUUCGGCGGUUAAUGUACCUAUGAAGGAAAUAUUGGACAAUAAAUUUAUAGAACGAUUUCCUAAUGAAUUAGCUGAUGAAAAACUACCGAUCGUUGUUGUUUGCCGUAGAGGCAAUGACUCCCAAAUAGCCGUACAACACAUGUGCAACAAGUAUCCAUCACAUUCGAUACGCGAUAUUGUUGGCGGCCUUUACGCUUGGCAUUACAGAAUAGAUAAGGAGUUUCCCAUAUAUUAAUAAUAUUAUUAAGCACAUUGUGAUUAUGUAUAGUGCAUACUAAUCUAACUAUUGUUACGUCCUUAAAUGUGACAUGAUCAUACCAAUGUUGAUAUUGUGAUAUUGGAUUUCUUAUUUUGAAAAAAAUAAAAACAUAUUUACUAAAAAGUCAAAA